AUGGGAGAGUACGGGAUCGAACCUGGGCAGCGCGUGGCCGUUGUCUGGGACACGUCUGCACCGGUGGAGGCGCUGAAGGAUUUGGUGGAUAGGAUUCAAGCAGUAGUGGGAGCUGAAACCCGUGUGUCCGUGGAAAACAUUAACCAGCUGUGUCAAUCGGCUCAUGGGGAGUCCAGUUUCGAUGUGAUUCUCUCCGGGAUGGUGCCAGGUAGUGUGGCCCAGCACAGUGCCGAUGUUCUGGCAGAAAUAGCUCGGAUACUUAAACCAGGGGGCCGUGUCCUCCUGAAGGAACCCGUGGUGACAGAAUCAGAAAACAGCCAAAUGAAGACAGCAGCCAAACUCCCCACAGCUCUGACUCUCUCUGGGUUGGUGGAAGUGAAGGAGCUGCAAAAGGAGCCCCUGACCCCAGAGGAGGCCCGGGCUGUCCAAGAGCAUUUGGGCUAUCAAGGCAAUGACCUUCUCAUUGUUCAGCUAGAGGGCAGGAAACCCAACUUUGAAGUGGGAUCCUCGAGUCAGCUCAAACUUUCCUUUGCCAAGAAACCUUCAGGAAAGCCCUCUGUGGACCCAGCUACUGCAAAGCUGUGGACUCUCUCUGCCAACGAUAUGAAUGAUGACGAGAUGGAUCUGCUGGACUCGGAUGAGCUGCUAGAUUCGGAGGACUUGAAGAAGCCAGAUCCAUCAUCCCUCAGAGCUGCUUCUUGCAAAGACAUGGGCAAGAAGAAAGCCUGCAAGAACUGCACGUGUGGCCUGGCCGAAGAGCUGGAACAGGAGAAGAGGAGCUCGCAACCCAAAUCUGCCUGUGGCAACUGCUACCUGGGAGAUGCGUUCCGCUGUGCCAGCUGCCCUUACCUGGGCAUGCCGGCAUUCAAACCCGGAGAGAAGAUUCUCCUCAAACAGAACCAGCUACACGAUGCCUAACGGAGA